AUGGAUCAAAGCCGUUACAUCUUGAAAACUGUCUCAGGUCAAAGCACUGAAGAGUGUAUCCCUAACUACUUUGGGAUUGAAUACAUUCAUCAGUCGAACGUGAGAAACCUCAAGUUUGUGGACAGUUUCCAAAAUUGCACCAUCAUUAAGCGGCUAAGCCUUAAGAGGCGGCCCAGAGCGGCUGUCAAUAAUGCAGAAAAAACGCAGAGUGGUGUUUCAUCCAGUCAGUGGUAUUCUGAAGAAUCCUUCACAUCAUCAAGCACAGAUGAUGCAAGACAAUUGGGUUUGUCUGCCACAACGAGAGGUCGACCACCACUUCCUCCUCCGCAUGGUUCCUCCUUGGAUACUAAGCUGACAAGGAAUGAGGGAAUAGAAAAACCUGGAAUACUUACUGAGUCAAAGCCUCAACCUACUGUAAGAUCUAUAAAAAGACCUGUUAUGGAGACCCUCAAGCACCUGGAGCAGGAGGUGACAAGCCAGCCUCCACCUCAGCCUCCACCUCAGCCCCAACCUCGGCGACGACUGGCCAGCUUUGGAGGGGUGAGCUCCCCUGGGUCACUCUCCCCCUUCACCGGCCUAGUGGCAUAUAAUCAGAACAACAGUGGAAACAAGUCUACUGGAACAGAGAGUGACUUGAAUGUUCACCUUAGCUCAUCCCUCGGCACCAGAGGCAGCACAGGGAGCCUGAAAUUUAGCCCACAGAGCUCUGGUAGAACAACUCCAGUUCCGAGUCCCGGCUCCAUGCACCUGCAGCAUGUCCGUGACCAGAUGGUGGUAGCUCUGCAGAGGCUGAAGGAAUUGGAAGAGCAGGUGAAAAUCGUCCCUAUCCUACAGGUAAAAAUAUCAGUCCUUCAGGAAGAAAAGAGGCAACUCGUCUCUCAGCUCAAGAAUCAGAGUGACGAUGAGGACAUGAACGAUGGGAUCUGGAGGAGAGCUGAUAGCAUGGAAAGGUCUGAUAUUGAGAACAAGGUGCAUACAAAAGAGGGACACACAGUGCAGAGUGACCCAAUCAACCUAAGUGAAUUCAGGAAACUGACAAAAGAGAUGCAGGCACUGGAAAGAAGCCUCAAGGGUGGAAAUGUGCAAGCUAGGCUAGUCCAAGGCUAUACCUCUGCUCAUGAAAAUACAGUCCUAGUUGGAAUUGAUGAAGACGUCACGUUGCCUAAACCUUUAAAAGAAAACAAAUGUGUGUCCACAAAUCAGGUAGAGACCAGAUCCAUUGCAACAGAGGUGUCUGAAGUUAAUCUUGGAAUUUACAGUGUGAGGGAAGCAGAGCUUGAUGCCCAACAACUAUUAAUUGAUGCCCUGAAGGAGAGAAUUUCUUACUUGGAAGCAGAUUUGAAAGAAUCUGCCCUCCAGACAGAGAUGAGUCGGCUGAAACUGGAGCUUCAGGCGGCAGGAGCUAGGAGCAGAGCUGACAAAGCAUGUCUUGCAAAGCCAUCCACAGUGAGCACAGGCAUCGAAGCGAGGCCUCACACCACAAGCCAGGGAGUGGGUAAUCACACAGAGGUACGGGACACCAGCACGGGGGAGAUAACAGAGGUAAAGAGUGUGGGAGUAUCAUGUUGUGGACCGGAGUUGAGGAGCGUUUGCACAGGACCAGAUGAACCCAUGAGCCGCUGGGAGGUCAGAGAGCGAGUUGAGACCGAAGAAAAGGGCGUGGGGAUUCAGGUUUUAACAAACACACAGGGAGUAUUGACGGAGAUAAAGAUGUGUGAUGCAGAAACCAACACAGAGCCACCAAUGGAGAUUGUGGGGUUGAAGAAAGGAAAGACUCAGUAUCGUUCAGUGGCUUGUGGGGACUGUUCUGUUGAUGUGAUCAUCUGUGAACCAAAGGAACUGGUUUCUGAAGGUAUGGCAACAGAUCCAAUCAGAAGAGCUGAACUGGGAAUCAUGGCAUCACCGCUGACAGCUUCACAGCGUACCAACACUGUAUCCAGCUCAGAGUCUCGCUUUACCAACACCGGACAUACCUUCAGCACAGACUCCAGCACUAAUACUCUCCUCAGUACCCAAGACAAGCACACCAACACCACUCAGACCGUAACAAGGGCUGUGUCUGUAGGGAACGGGGUCACAGACAUCAAAAGCACACCAGAGACCCGUACCAUCGGGGUCGGAACUGCAACUCUGGUAGGAAAUGCUCUCAAAAUGACCAGAGACACUGGUGUUGGGUUCACAAACAUUAAUGAGAAUUUCCUGAUAGGACUCAAAACCCGAAAUAUGGCCUCCGGACCAUCUCAUCUGCCUGACCCUUUCAAGACCAGAAGUAUCGGUGUCGGAGAGGGGAGGAUACAGGAUUUUUCAUCUUCACGCAAUACACCUGCCCAGAGUUUCCAGCAAUCUUCGCAGUCCCAGUGGGACCCUGAGCUUAACCAUUACAUAGAAAAGAUGCAGAAGCUCCUCGGGGAGCAUGGGAACCUGCUUACAGAGGACUGUUCAAACCAGUACAGUGGUCGAGGAAAUGACAGCUCCAGGUGGUCCGGCAACAACAAAGCUGAAGUCCAUCAUUUCGAUUCUCAGCCACCAGUCAGCAGAGAGUACCAGUCUCCAUUUCAACUUUCAGUCCAGUCUUCUAAAUGUGAAAAAACCAUCCCAGAAACCUGCCAACAGAGCGGCAAUGAAUCUGAGGUGAAAAGAAUGAUACAGCUGUUAGAGCAACAGGCAUCCUCGGCCCUGCAAGACAGGUCAGCUAAUCCUGGCGUGCAGCGGCCUGUGAUAAAGAAACAGAAUGGAGAACCAGGCUGUAGCAGUAACAGGAGGAGCAUGAAGUUCAUGAGGGUGACAGCAGGACUGGACCCCAUGCCGUCUUACGAGCUCCCGGUCAGUGAGAAGGGAAACUCCGAGGAAGGGGACAAGAGAGGAAACAAAAAGUUAAGGGAACCCUUUCAAGGUGUGACUCAAGCAAGAAAGGGCAAAGGAGGCUACAACAAGGGGGUGAAGACGUCAAAGCCGCACACACAACAGAGGUGUAAGUUAAGUGAAAAGAUUUUCUUUGCUUGUCAAGCCUUAAAGAUGCACCUGAGUGAUGACACAGCUCUACCCAGCAGGGAAUUGCAUAACUGCCUACAAACGCUACAGCAGGAGUGGUUCUCCACGUCCAGCCACAAGUCGGCUGCUCCCGAUGCCGUGGCAGACUACUUGUCAGCGUUCCGGGUCAUUUCGCCUGCGGUAUUGCAGCACAUUGCUAAUAUGGUCGACGGCAAUGGAAACACAGCUCUGCACUACAGCGUGUCUCACUCCAACUUUGGCAUUGUCAAGAGACUGCUGGAUGCAGAGGUGUGCUACGUGAAUCAGCAGAACAAAGCCGGCUAUACGCCCAUCAUGCUGGCGGCGCUAGCAGCUGUGGAGACUGCAGAGGACAUGAGGGUUGUGGAGCAGCUCUUCACAAAGGGAGAUGUCAACGCCAAGGCCAGCCAGGCCGGUCAGACCGCUCUCAUGCUGGCUGUGAGCCACGGCAGAAUGGGCGUGGUGCAGGCCCUCCUGGCACAGGGGGCGGAGGUCAAUCUCCAGGAUGACGAGGGCUCCACCGCGCUGAUGUGUGCCAGCGAGCAUGGCCACGCUGACAUCGUGAAACUCCUGCUGGCCCAGGCAGGCUGCAACGCCACCCUGACCGACGGUGAUGAAAGCACAGCCCUGUCCAUCGCUCUGGAGGCCGGACAUCAUGACAUUGCAGUGCUUCUUUAUGCUCAUGCCAACUUCUCCAGAGGACAGGCGGGGGCCGCCGCUCAUCACAGUGGAAAGUCUCUCUCCUCCCCUGGUGGCAGACAUCAUUUUGAAUAAUGCGAUGGCUCAAGUGUUGAUUCUUCAUGAGAGUCACAUUCAUAAGGCGAUUCAGGAUCAGAGCUGUCAUAACAAAUUUGAGGAUUUUAACAGUGUCAGUUUUAACCUCUGUCAGACAGAUUCUUUAACAUCGUAAUUUACCAGUUGACAGGAAUCAGGAUACUAGUCGUUCUCCAGGGUCCUGUAUUCUAUGGCAUCUAAAUAAUGUGGCUUAGUGAUAUUACAUUACACAUCAGCAGUAGCUAAUAUAUCCAUAGCAGGGUAUAUUGGUUUGUAUCAAUAAUAUAUAAAAUGUAAUGUUUGAACCUGCAGUUAUUUUGUUAUAUGCAUUACUUCAAAU